AUGGAAUGCAAGCAAGUUUCUUAUCACAUCGACAUUUCCACCCGUACAUUAGACGCCAUGUUGAAUUCAUCGAGUAAAUUUCGAACCUGGAGAAAACGGAGGAAAUAUUUCCGGCGAAGAGACAAUUAUGGAGGUGCCAUACGCGUGGAGCUCUGUGCCAAUCUGUCUGAAGGGGGGACAACUCCAACAACAGGAAUGUUAAAGACUAUUAAGAAGUAUGUGAAGAUCCCUGUUUUUGUGAUGUUGAGGCCUCGUGGGGGUGAUUUCCUGUACUCUAAAGAAGAAAUAGAAGUCAUGAAAAUGGAGGUGGUGGAUCUCAAACUGUCAGGAGCGGACGGUUUUGUGUUUGGAUUCCUUCAAGAGGAUGGAAAGAUUGAUAAACAGUUAUGCUCAAAAUUCUUGGAACUUGUUAAGCCACUACCUGCUACUUUUCACAGAGCUAUAGACAUGACCAGUGACAUCCUCCAGGCACUGGAUGAUGUGGUGGAUCUAGGAUUUCAGCGAGUGUUGACCAGUGGAGGAUCUUCCACAGCUUUAGAAGGAUUACCCAUGAUUCAACAGAUGGUUGAGAGAGCUGGACAGAGGAUUUGUGUUAUGCCAGGUGGGGGAAUAAGUUCUGGGAAUCUGGAGAGAAUCUUAAAUGGGAGUGGCGCGAGAGAGUUCCAUGGAUCAGCAAGGGCUGCCAUUCCAUCUAGGAUGGAAUAUAGAAAGGAAGGCAUCUCCAUGGGGAUUUCCCUUUGUCCUCCAGAAUUCAGUGUCAAGGUCACAGACAAGGUCAAAGUUCAAAAACUUGUACAGCAGGGUAAUUCCAUUAAAAGGUGAAUUGUUCA